UGUGGUUAUCUAUAUGAUAAAGAAAAGGUAUUAAAAUGGCUCCGGUGAUGUUAGAAGGUCCUACAUUAGGACAUAAACAUCGCAGCUACAAUAAAAUUGUCCAAGAAUCUACUGCAAACCAGGCAAGGGGCGCCCUAGAAGACAAUGAUUUCAACAAAGAUGAUGUAAACAACUUAGUCAAGGUCGAUAUCGCCAGGGCAAAUAGGGAUGUAGAUUACAUUCUGGGGAUUCUCAAGGGUAAUGACAUGUUGUACGCCUCACGUGCACUCACGCAGAGUUCUUGGCUUAUUACCGAUAACACUUACGCCCAUAUUAUAAAUCCGGAAUACUUACAUUCACAUCUCAUCCCGAACAUGAUGGCUAAAGCGGCUAAUAAAUUGAUGUUGCAUAUAAGGCUCAACUUAAGAGACGAGAAACGUGUCGAAGAUUUCUUCAACUACUACGAACCCUUCGAUCUGAAUACUGCCCUCAAGUGGUUGCCACAUUGCUCUGUCGCAUUUAUGGAGAUCAAGGUCGAAAAAUAUUCUAAUGACAUUGAUACAAAUCUACUGAAACGCCUUUGUGAAAAAUCACAUCAUAUAUUAGGAGUAUACGUCAGAAGUAUAAAGAAGUGGGGCUGCACUCGCAAAGGGUUUCAGGAGACAAUGUUUUUGUUAAACACGCAUUUAGAUUUUUACCUCGAUAUGAUAGAAACUCAAGCAAAAAGCAAAAGAGGAGAAUUGCCUGUAUUUAAUGCAAAGUUUACUAAACUCUUAAUGAAGACAUGCCCUGAACGAAUUCAUCAAAACUUCUGUCAUUAUGCUAACCAUAUUCAUAUUCCAACAUUCGUCAAAUUUUUGGAUGAGAAUAAAGUUAGAGAGUUUUUGCUAUCACAAGCAAAUAUCCAAGAACCUACUUGGAUUGAUUUCGGCAAGGUGCAAUGCUUCCUUAAAAGAAUGCCACAAGAACAACGUAUAAAUUUGAUUAGAGAUAUAUUUAUAAACAAAUGUUAUAAACAGGAAAUAGAUAUUUUAGAUAGUGCGUUCAGUAAUGAAGACGUGGAUGGGGAUGAACCCAAAGAUGAGAACGCUGGAAUGAUACGAUUAUACCAAUACGUCAAUCGCAGUGGCUGCAGUGAUACUAGUGACUUGUUGAACUGGUACAAGUGUUUGCCAUUUGACGUAGUUUUAACAGAGUUUAAAGAAAAGAUAAAAAACACUACUGACGAUUAUGAUAAGAACCAAAUGUUCCGCCGGCUAACGCGAGUCGUUGAUCACGACUUGAGACAUUUGGAUUCCUUAUUGCAAUAUUAUAAUGAUAAUCAUCUAAAAGAUUCCAAAGAUAACAAAGUUGAAUUCGUUCAAAACUUACUUCACAGACCCACCAACAUUCUCAGUUAUGACUCGAAGUGUUGGGGUCUUUUGAUGAACAUCUUUAAUGCCAUUGAGUCGGAAGACGAAGACUUUGAUGAUGAUGACGAUCAAAUCAUCCUAAAAGCUAUAAUUGUUCAUGAAGUGAUAAACAAAAAGGACGUGCCUGAAAAAGUAAGUAAAAGAUUUGAAUUUUACAAUUUUAAAGAAUACCAGACAAAAAUGACCGUACCAGAACAAACACUAUUAUUUGAAUUCUUGUACAAAUAUCAAUUGAAGAAAAUUGAAAAACAAAAUUUCGAUGAUCAUGCUUCUUUCGAUGAAAAUGUUGAGUUGAUUGAACUAAUGCUCACAUUAUUAAAUGACUGGCAAAAAAAUCUAGCAGACUAUCCCCAUGUGUUGAAGAAAAUUAACGAACUAAUCAAAGUUAAACGAGAUAACGCCAUAAAGACCAAACUAUCAUGGAUAUACGACGUCAACAAGAAGUGGAGAAAAUACAUGUUUGAAGAAUCAAUUCUGUUGUGCGAGUCUGACCGAGUAUGUGUCAAUGCGUUGAAACACGACCCAAGUUUACUCUCCCGAUACGAACAUGUGGUAGCGAGCAUGCGUUGUAACGACGCAGUUUCUUUGCGGCAACUUCUCACAAAGCUAAGGAUAUACUGGGCUGAUUCAAUUGCCUCUGAAUGGUCCCAAUCAUAUCGAGAGAGGCUUACUCAACCUCUUGGGCAUAAAGCUUUACUGCGAGGUUUGAGUUUCCUAUUACCGGAACGGGAACUGUCCGUUAUUAUCAACGAAUAUAAACCGGAAGACGAAAAAAUAAACUGGGAAAAGAAUGACGAAGUCCUGGUGAGUUUGAGGAAGCACAUAGCUAAAAAUAUGCAUUUCGCUCGACCUCAGCCGACUCCUGACGAAAUUCUACUUUACGCUAAAGGAGAUUAUUUGCAAUUCGCUCUUCCGUCUCUAAACGCAAUUCUCUACAACUUGUGCACUGUCCGCUGUAGCGAGUUAAUACCCAAGUUAUUAGACUCUCCCGUCUCAUUACAGAAACAUGGUAUCCGAUGUGCUUUUGCAAAAAUGCAAAGCGAAGAUCUACAAAGACUUUUCAGUAUUCACUGGAAAACCAUUAAAAACUUAUCGAUUCGAGCGGUUACAUUUAAACUCUCUUACGAAAUGCUGUGCAAAGAAAAAAAACCAUCGAAAAUUGAAAAUGUUUGGGGUCUCCUGUCAGUUUUUAUUGACGCGCUUACUUUUGAGGAAGACAAAACCAUAUACGAACUCCUAGGAAACGCCAGAAAAGUACCCCUUAGUGUUAGACCUGCCUUUGUGAUGAGAAGCUACAAGUUUACGAAAGCGUUGCUUACAAAGUCGGACUUAGACAAAAGUAAAUACGUACAAACCCUUAAUGCUUUAAUAUGCGAUAUGGAGAAUAUUAUAGAUUCGAUGGAACCAGAGUUCUUAGCCGAGAUUCUACAAGAGUACUUUACUGCUGUCUAUACAAAAGAUAAGACAGAUGGGUUUGUUCAUAAUAAUUUGAUGCCUUUGCUAGCAUCAUUCCUUUGUUGUUCUGGAAGUGUAGAAAUCCAAGCACAGAAAUAUGAAACAGUACUGUUGCCUUUACUGAGACAUUCGGUAGCUGUAUGGGCAACAAAAGAUAAAAAUGACAUCGUGAAAACUAAUCUUAAACAGCUACUGAACAUCUUGCGCCAAAAAAUAAGGCCUCUUGUAGAGAAAGAUAAGAUGGUGCCCGUCGCCAUGUUUGCUAAUAUUCAAAAAGAACUUGAGCAAAAGCUAGAUCAAAACGUCGCGUAUCUCAUGUUAAGAGAAUGGAAACUGACAGUUGCAUUUGCACAAGUUGUACACGAUAACAAAGUAAAGGUUGAUCGCAGCAAUUACAAAGAAGACAAUGACUUUUGGAUCGCCAUCUGCAAGGAAGUAGCCCCACAAUUCGGUAAAAUAUGCCUCGACUUUCUGAGAGAGGACAUACAGGCAUUCUUUCCUAGCAUUGAUGAAUACUUUACUAAGGCAUUAGGGGUUGUUCUUGACGAUCUCAUUCCAGAUGAAGGAAUUCGAUUAGAAAUUUUGAAACACAUGCUAACGGAAGAGCUGACACAGUCUUAUUUAGUCUCUAUAAGGAUAUUACCAUCAUACUGUGGAAAUGACAAAGACGACCCAUUACUGGAGUUUUACAAAACAAUUUUAACUCACCCCUCCUUGGAGGUAAAAAUGCACUUUUACCAUAAAAAUAAAAAUUGUAGGCAUAUGAAUUUGUGAUUUGGGUCCACAAAGAGCCAGUCAUCCAAUGUUUAUGUUUCGGCAUGCUCA